AAAAAUAAGAAAAUAAAGAAAGAAAGAAAGAAAGAAACGAGACAGAAACCAUCAAAGACAGGAGAAGAAAGAAAAAAAAGAAAAAAACUAGAAAAAGAAAAAAGAGAGGAAAAAACGAGAGAGAAAACAAAAAAAGGAGGAAAGAAGACAAAAAGAGAGAAACCGACAAAAAAAGAAAAAGUAAAGACAAAAAUAAAC